GACUCGGCAGGACUGGCAGACUACAGCAAUGCGGCAACCAAAGAGCCUCUGGGAGAGUCUGUUCUAGGGAGUUUCAUCAAUGGGGCUUUUAACCAGCAGGGUCGUGAGAUGCAGGGAUUCCAGUCUGGUGGAGCCACAGCCAGAAGCCAUAGCUGGACCCAGCUGCCUUUCUGGCAGUCGUAAGCGAAAACGGAGCAGUUCGGAUGGUUUGACAACAAUCUCUAACGUUCAUGGACCUCAAAGCCAGGGAAUGUAUCUAUAUCAAGUUCUCNACUACAUCUACAGGAAAAGGUUUAAGAUCUCAUCUAAUUAUGCUUAUGAAAACUUAUUUUUGAACGGGAAUGAUAGCGACAUUAAAAUCUGUGCUCUGGGNAGAACAUGGUGUUUACACAAAGUAUUUUUAUGUCAGUCAGGUUACUUUGCUAACAUUCUCAAAGGUACUUGGAGAGAAGCACACAGUGAUGUUCUUAACCUGGUCAUUAAGAACAGGGAUAUUGAUGCCAGAUCGCUUCACUUUGUGUUUGGAUCCUUGUACACAGAUGAGGAUUUGUCAAUAACACCUCUGGAAGUUCCUCAUGUUUUGGCAGCAGCAUGCCUGCUUCGGGUGGAUCGAGUAAUUCAGCAGUGUGAACGAACCAUGAAGACAACUAUCAAAAGGAACACUGUGUGCUCCUAUUAUUUGGCAGCAGAAACCUAUAGAUUAAAAGCUGUAAAGACCGGAUGCUUUGAAUGGCUUCUUUGCAAUUUGAUGGUACAUCCAAGUGUGGCACUUUACAAGGAAGUAGAUAUAAAGUUGAUGUAUCUUCUAGUAUUUUCUUCNGACUUACUAGUCGUCCAAAGGGAAAUCGAUGUAUAUAACACACUGAAAACAUGGAUGUUCCUUUAUUUUAAUCCAUGCUGGAACGGAACCAUGAAACAG